GGAGCCGCGUCUGUUCAGAGAAGAGAAGAUCAUAAACAGAGGAAAGCUCAGAGGGAAUUACUGAAGAUCAACACACAGUUCACUGAGGAGAACAAGGAGAACCACACUGAUCUGAGAGGAACAGCUGCUGGGUUCUGUUUUAGGUUCUGCUGAAAGGUUCUGUUUGAUAAAGUCAGAUAACUGGAGCUAAGCUAAGCUAAUGCUCAGACUGAUUCAGAGAUAGAGACCAGACUCACUUGAACUCAGCUAAAUGAAGAAUUAGUGAUCCACCAUGAAGAUCCAGAGAGGAGGACGGUUCUACUGAGAGAGCAGCAUCUCCAGUGUCCAGCUGUGUGUGGAGAGUAAAACUUAAGUGAUGGAGCUUCAUCACUCCAGCAGUGGAGGAAGAACCUCUGAUUCAAAAGUGAAGUGUGCAGGAUCUCCAGAACCCAUCUGUGUGUCUAUGAAGAGUGACUCGUUUAUGGUGGACCAUCCUGUAUUCAGCAGAGGCGGAAGAGGAGGAGAACACAGCUGUGUGUCUAUGAAGAGUGACCGGUCCAUGGUGGACCCUCCUAAAUUCAGCAGAGGAGGAGGAGAAUCCAGCUGUGUGUCUAUGAAGAGUGACCGGUCCAUGGUGGACCCUCCUAAAUUCAGCAGUGGAGGAGGAGAAUCCAGCUGUGUGUCUAUGAAGAGUGACCGAUCCAUGGUGGACCCUCCUAAAUUCAGCAGAGGAGGAGGAGAAUCCAGCUGUGUGUCUAUGAAGAGUGACCGGUCCAUGGUGGACCCUCCUAAAUUCAGCAGAGGAGGAGGAGAACCCAGCUGUGUGUCUAUGAAGAGUGACCGGUCCAUGGUGGACCCUCCUAAAUUCAGAAGUGGAGGAGGAGAAUCCAGCUGUGUGUCUAUGAAGAGUGACCGAUCCAUGGUGGACCCUCCUAAAUUCAGCAGAGGAGGAGGAGAAUCCAGCUGUGUGUCUACAAAGAGUGACCAGUCCAUGAUGUUACCAGCACAGCCCAGUGGAGGGAGAGGAUCCUCUGACUCAGGGCAGCACUCCACACAAACAGCACUGCAGACAAACACUCUGGCAGAUAUUUACCAACCAGGUAAAAUUCACAGAAUUUUAGAGAAACACAAAACCAGCAUGAGGAACGAGUACGAGAGCUUAUUUGAGGGAAUCAAAACAGAAGAGAAUAAAACCCUCCUGAACAGGAUUUAUACACAGCUCUACAUCAUAGAGGGAGAGAGUGAAAGAGUGAAUGAAGAACAUGAGGUUCUACAGAUGGAGAAAACAUCCAGGAGACACUUACAAGACUCUCCAAUCAACUGCUUAGAUAUCUUUAAACCUCUACAAGGUGCUGAAGGAGAAACACGAGAAGAGAACAUUAGAGCUGAGAAGGCUGACAGACUCAGAAAAAGAAAAGAUAACAGACCAAAAGAGCCAAAGCUCAGAGCUGUUCUGACUAAAGGCAUCGCUGGAAUUGGAAAAACUGUCUCUGUGCAGAAGUUCAUUCUGGACUGGGCUGAAGGAAAAGCCAAUCAGGAUGUAGCGCUCAUGUUUGUGCUUCCGUUCCGGGAGCUGAACCUGAUUAGAGAUGAUCAAUACAGUCUUCAUGGACUUCUGUGUGACUUCCAUCCUGAGCUCAAAGAUCUGGACCCAGAGAUUUAUGAUCAGAUCAAAGCUGUGUUUAUAUUUGAUGGUCUGGAUGAAAGCAGAAUUCAGCUGGACUUUGAACAGUGUGAGAAAGUAUCUGACAUCACCAUGACAUCAUCAGUGGGUGUGUUGAUGACCAACCUCAUCAAAGGAGAGCUGCUUCCCUCUGCUCUGAUCUGGAUAACCUCCCGACCAGCAGCAGCCAAUCAGAUCCCUCCAAAAUACAUCAACCGUGUGACAGAAAUUCAGGGGUUCAGUGACCCACAGAAGGAGGAGUACUUCAGGAAGAGGAUCAGUGAUGAAGACCAAGCCAAGAGAAUCAUCUCCCACAUGAAGACAGCGAGGAGCCUCCACAUCAUGUGCCACAUUCCAGUCUUCUGCUGGAUCUCAGCCACUGUUCUUCAGCAAAUCAUGAAACAGCGUAAUACAGAAAUCCCUAAAACUCUGACUGAAAUGUACUCACACUUCCUGAUCACUCAGACAAACAUGAAAAACGAGAAGUAUGAGGAGAAAAAUGAGAGAGACCCAGAGAACCUGCUGGAGUCCAACAGAACCAUUCUUCUGAAACUGGCUGAACUGGCUUUCAAACAGCUGAUAAAGGGCAAUGUGAUGUUCUAUGAAGAGGACCUGAGAGAGAGCAGCAUCGAUGUCACUGAGGCCUCAGUGUAUUCUGGGAUUUUCACUGAGAUCUUUAGGGAGGAAUGUGUGCUUUACCAGAGGAAGGUCUACUGCUUUGUUCAUCUGAGCUUUCAGGAGUUCCUGGCUGCUGUUUAUGUGUUUCACUGCUAUGAGAGCAAAAACAUGGAGGACCUGCAGAUAUUUAAACCACAAUACAGUGAGUGGUCUGAGGAUGUGCCACUGGGGUUUUCCCACCCACAGUACAGAAAGUGGUCUGAGAAUGUUCCUCUAGAUGAGCUGCUGAUUGGAACAGUGGAUGAAGCUGUAAAGAGUCAGAAUGGACACCUGGAUCUUUUCCUCCGUUUCCUACUGGGCAUCUCACUGGAGCCCAAUCAGAGACUCCUACAGGGUCUACUGACACCAACACAGAGCAGCUCAGAGGAAACCAGAAAGCACAUCAAGAGAUUAAUUAAAGGAAAUGAUUAUCAAUAUCCCAUCUCAACUGAGAGAUCCAUCAUCUCCACCGAGAGAUCCAUCAUCUCCACUGAGCGAUCCAUCAAUCUGUUCCUCUGUCUGUUUGAAAUGAAAGACCAGUCUCUCUCCAGAGAGAUUCAAGAGUUUCUACACUCAGAGAAACACUCAGAGGUGAAACUCUCUCCUGGACAGUGUUCAGCACUAGCCUGCAUGCUUCUGACCUCAGAGGAGGUUCUGGAUGAGCUGGACCUGAAGAAAUACAACACAUCAGAAGAGGGUUAUAGGAGACUGAUUCCAGCUCUGACUGUCUGCAAAAAAGCUCGACUAAAUGGCUGUUAUAUCACCAAGGACUCCAGUGAAACUCUCUGCUCAACUCUACAAUCAGUGAAUUCCUCUCUGAAAGAUCUGGACCUCAGCAACAAUGCCCUGAAGGAUUCAGGAGUGGAGAUGUUCUCUGCUGGAUUGAAGAACUCACACUGUAAACUGGAGAUACUCAGACUAGCUGGUUGUAGUCUCACCACAAACUCCUGUGAAAAACUAUCAUCAGCUCUACAAUCAGGAAACACUUCUCUGAAAGUGCUAGACCUCAAUAACAAUGACCUGAAAAAUUCAGGCGUGGAGCUGCUCUGUGCUGGACUGAAGGACGCACAUUGUAAAUUGGAGAUACUCAGACUAUACAUCUGUAGUCUUGGUGAGAAUGCUUGUGAAAAUCUGGGAUCAGCUCUACAAUCAGCAAAUUCCUCCCUGAAAGAGUUGGACCUCAGCAACAAUGACUUGCAGGAUUUAGGAGUGAAGCUGCUCUCUGCUGGACUGAAAAGUUCGUAUUGUAAGCUGAAGACACUCAGAUUGUCUGGUUGUAUGGUAACAAAUGAAGGCUGUUCUUCUCUGGCUUCAGCUCUUAAAUCAGACCCCUCCCACCUGAGAGAACUAGAUCUGACCUAUAAUCACCCAGGAGUGUCUGGAGUGAAGCUGCUCUCUGAUCUACUAGAGGAUCCACACUGUGCACUGGAGAAACUACAGGUGGAUCAUGGAGGGAAGAUCUGGAUGAAAGCAGGACUGAAGAAAUAUGCUGUUAAUCUCACUCUGGAUCCAAACACAGUGAACAGAUAUCUCUGUCUGUCUGAGAGGAACAGAAAGGUGGAGUGUGUGAAAGAAGAUCACCGUUAUCCAGAUCAUCCAGACAGAUUUGAUUACUGGCAGGUUCUGAGUGUGGAGAGUCUGACUGGACGCUGUUACUGGGAAGUUCAAUGGAGCGGAGAUGCUGCUGUAUCAGUAUCAUACAGAGGAAUCAGGAGAAAAGGAGUCAGGACUGAAUGUGGGUUUGGAUACAGUAAUCAGUCCUGGAGUCUGAACUGCACUAAUAACAGAUACUCUGUCUGGCACAAUAAACAGAGAACUGUCCUACCUGCCCCCCCCUCCCCCUCUAACAGAGUAGGAGUGUAUCUGGACUGGGGGUCCGGCACUCUGUCCUUCUACACCAUUUCCCCUAACACACUGACCCACCUACACACAUUCACCACCACAUUCACUGAGCUGCUCUAUGCUGGAUUAGGAGUUUACUAUCCUAACUCCUCAGUAAGUCUGUGUGAGAUAGAAUAAGCUCUACA